GGCCAGCCGCCGGGGCCCGGGGCGGCGCAGCAGCGCGUCGUCCCGACCGGUCCCGUCAGUCGCGGCGAGCACCAUGUCGAGCAUACACCCCGACCUGCCCAACCUGUUCGAGUUCGACUCGCCCAUCGCGCCGGCCGCCCUCUCGGGGCCCGGCGUGGGCGUCCACGUCACCGAGGACGUCUUCGGCAGGAUGGGCUCCGUGCCCAUCCAGCGGUUCACCCUGGGCAACGCCAAGGUCACGGUGCAGGUCAUCUCGCUGGGCGCCAUCAUCACGGCCAUCCGCAUGCCGGACAAGGACGGCAAGGAAGAGGACGUGGUGCUCGGCUACGACUCGCCCGACGACAUGUCUCUAGGUUACCUGAGCGCCGACAACCCCUACUUCGGCGCCACGGUCGGCCGGGUGGCGAACCGCAUCGCCAACGCGAGCUUCACGCUGGACGGCAAGGAGUACAAGCUGCACGCCAACGCGGGGCAGAACACGCUGCACGGCGGCCUGCGCGGCUGGGACAAGGCCGUGUGGAACGCGUCGCGCCACGUCGACGGCGUCACCUUCUCCCUCCUGUCGCCCGACGGCGACGAGGGCUUCCCCGGGGCGGUGCUGGCGCAAGUCACCUACCGCCUCACCGUCGACAGCCGGCUCAUGAUCAGCAUGCAGGCCAUCGCCACCAAGCCCACCCCAGUCAACAUCGUCAACCACGCGUACUUUAACCUUGCCGGUCACGGCGCUGGACCGCAGGAGGUGUACAAGACCAGGCUCGCGGUGAACGGGGACCGCUACACCGUCUUGGACCAGUUCCAAAUCCCGACCGGAGCGUUCGCGCACGUCGAGGGCACGCCGCUCGACUUCCGCACGCCCCGGCUGCUGGGCGACGUGCUGCCCAAGUUCGACGUGGACCACAACUUCGUCAUCACCCGCGGCCUCGAGCGUCCCGCCGAGAUGGUCUACGUGGCGGGCGCGGUGCACGAGCCGUCCGGGAGGACCCUGGAGCUGUACACGGACCAGCCCGGCAUCCAGGUCUACACGUCCAACGGCCUCCCAGACGCCUCCCAGGGCCCCAUGAUCGGCAAGGCCGGAGCGAAGUACAUCAAGCACGGCGCCUUCUGCCUCGAAACACAGAACUUCCCUGACGCCAUCCACAAUGAUCGGCGCCCUUCUCACGAGCUCUUGUUUUAUCCUACGCAGGAGCGACGCUUCCCAAACAGCGUCCUACGUCCCGGUUCGUUAUACAAGCACAACAUGGUGUUCAAAUUUGGCGUUCGCAUGCAGCCGAAAACACAGUAAUGAAGCAUGCUGCAUGAAUGACUGAGCUUAUCUGCGGUACCAGCACCAGCACCCUCAUGUGACUGUCUGAGGUUGUGAGCCGCUCCAGCAAAUUGUGUUCUUUUUUGAAAGGUUUUGAUAGAACUCGACUGUACAGCAAAAACUCAAUGGAUGGAAUGUAAAAUGUAAUUUAAUGAUUCAAAAAAGUGAAACAAAAUAAAAAUGUUUAAAAAAAAUGGAAAAAGGUAA